UCUAGGAGAAAAAUUGUAUCAAUCGUUGAUUGACCAAAAUAGUUGAUUGUCGUUUUUUUAUUUGUUAUGAUAUUUCGCCCUGGUUGUUUUCUACAAUCUAGACGAUAUUUUAAGUUGUUUGCAAUGGCUAAAAGUAAAUAUGAAUAUGUAAAAGAUUUCGAAAUGGAUGACCAGCUCUUAAAAAAUUGCUGGAUUGUUGUCAGAAUAGAUGGCAAAAAUUUUCACAAAUUUGCUGAUUCUCAUGAUUUCAACAAACCUAAUGAUGAACGAGCAUUGAAUUUAAUGAACAAAGCUGCUUUGACAGUCAUGAAGGAAUUUCAUGAUAUAACAAUCAGCUAUGGACAAAGCGAUGAAUAUUCUUUUAUAUUCAAGAAAAAUACCUCAUUGUACAAUCGUAGAAGUGCUAAAAUAAUGAGUACUGUAAGUAGCCUGUUCACAUCAGCGUAUGUAUGUAAUUGGUCAAAAUAUUUUGGAAACCAAAAUUUAAAUUAUCCACCAAGCUUUGAUGCAAGAAUAGUUUUAUAUCCGUCUGAUCAAAAUUUAAAAGAUUAUCUUAGUUGGAGACAAGCUGAUGUACAUGUUAAUAAUUUAUAUAAUACUUCUUUUUGGAACCUGGUGUUAAAUGGAAAGUUAUCAAAAGCCAAGGCAGAAGAAAGAUUGCGUGGAACAUUGUCUUCUGAUAAAAAUGAGUUGUUGUAUUCUGAAUUCAAUAUAAAUUAUAAUAAUGAACCUGUCAUGUACCGUAAAGGGACAACUUUAGUUCGUAAGAUAGUAUAUGACGAUAAAGUUAAUAAAGAAAGGCAAGUGAUUAUUCCUAUACAUGUUGAUAUGAUCCAUGAGAGCUUCUGGAAACAAAAUUCAGAAAUUUUAACUAUGAAGGCACCUUUGACACUUUUUGAUGAGGAAGUUAAGCAUUUGCCUGAUGUGGUUGCGGAGCAACUUAGAAUGUAGUAUGAAUAUUUAUUUAUCAAUGAUUCGAAAUGUAAAAAUUUAAAUAUGAAACUUUGUGAUACGUAAUAUGUAUUUUUAAUUCAUGAUACACAAUCAGCAAUAAUAUUACUGUCAGAGUCUAUCAAUGUUAUAAUAACUGUUAUUGUGCAUUAUACAAAUACA